AUGACAAUGACUACAAUUCCAGAAAGUCUUAAUAGCCCUGCCUCAGGAAAGACCGUUUUCAUGGAGUUUGGACCCACGAGUCAACAAAUGUCACCUUCCUCCAUGUCUCACGGACACUAUCCCAUGCACUGUUUACAUUCUGCAGGUCAUACCCAGCACGACAGCUACAGUCCAGCAGCCUCGUCGUUCCCCAGAUCUUUGGGUUAUCCAUACGUAAACUCCGUCGGUAGCCAUUCCACCAGUCCAUAUCUCAGCACAGUACAGACCUACCAAAACAGCUCGGCACUCACACAGACUCGGUUAGAGGAUGCAGCGCCAGAAGCAGAGAAAAACACAGUGGUCGAAGGAGGAGAGGUUCGAUUCAACGGGAAAGGGAAAAAGAUUAGAAAACCAAGGACUAUCUAUUCGAGUUUACAACUUCAAGCUUUGAACAGGAGAUUUCAACAAACUCAAUAUUUGGCGUUACCUGAGAGAGCUGAGCUGGCAGCGUCGCUGGGUCUCACCCAGACACAGGUGAAGAUUUGGUUUCAAAAUAAACGGUCUAAAUUCAAGAAACUGAUGAAGCAGGGCGGUGGCACAAUUGACUCCAACGCUUUAGCCACUGGCCGUGGACUGUCGAGCGGUUCUCCCUCGGUGGCACCUGUCUGGAGCUCGCCGACCACCGUGAAGACUUCAGUGGGGACGACCGGAUCUUACAUUCCCAGCUACACCUCAUGGUACCCCACCACACACCAAGAGUCUAUGCAACAGUCACAGCUCAUGUGA